CUUGUCUCCACACCCAGUAAUACCUGCUUUUAAGCCCGUGCGUGAGCCUGUCAGCAGUGGAGACCAGCACUGUCCUCCGUGCAGCAGCACAGCCCCACAGGUGGUGGUACUGCGUCUAUAUCUACACGGCGCCUCAGAGAGCGGCAGAGCCGGACGCGACCGAGAAACAACCGAAGAAGAAGAAACUGUUGCUAGCAUGGAGAGGCACGGCGUGUCGGUGUAGUGGAGGCGGAGGUCGCUGCGUCAGCAGGAGCCUGUUCAACAUUCAGCACAAGCGAGCGACCUGUUAGCUGCUUAGUGCUAACCUGAAGCUAACGCAGCGUAGCGGCUGCUGCUAACAUGAGGCUCAAAGUGGGAUUCAUUCUGCGGAGCCUGCUGGUCAUCGGCACGUUUCUGGGCCUGCUGGUGCUCUGGUCCAGCCUGACCCCCAAAGACAACAGAGACAACCCGUUUGAGAAAAGGCUUGGAGGGGCUGAACCUGGACCAGACCAGAGCAUCGAACAAGGGGAGGCGGGGUGUAAGUACUGGCACUACGACGACAGACUGCUCACAUCCAGCGUGGUCAUAGUCUUCCAUAACGAAGGCUGGUCAACGCUGAUGAGGACUGUCCACAGUGUCAUCAAGAGGACUCCUCGCAGGUACCUGGCUGAGAUUGUCCUGAUAGAUGACUUCAGUAACAAAGGAGAACAUUUACAGGCUCAGAUUAGCAGCAUUUCAAUGGUUUCCUUUCUAAAGGUGCUGGUUUACCUGGAUGCUCACUGUGAGGUCGGGAUCAACUGGUACGCUCCACUGAUCGCUCCCAUUUCAAAGGACAGGACAGUGUGCACAGUGCCGCUGAUAGACUAUAUAGACGGUAACGAGUACAGUAUGGAGCCCCAGCAAGGUGGAGACGAGGACGGCCUGGCUCGGGGAGCGUGGGACUGGAGCCUGCUCUGGAAGAGAGUGCCGCUGAGCCAGAGAGAGAAGGCCAAGAGAGCGCACACCACGCAGCCUUACCGGUCUCCAGCCAUGGCAGGAGGUCUCUUUGCUAUAGAAAGAGACUUUUUCUUUGAGCUGGGACUGUACGACCCUGGACUGCAGAUAUGGGGAGGCGAGAACUUUGAGAUAUCUUACAAGAUCUGGCAGUGUGGGGGCCAGCUGCUCUUUGUGCCCUGUUCUCGCAUCGGCCACAUCUACAGACUUCAGGGAUGGCAGGGCAACCCUCCGCCAGCACAUGUUGGAUCCUCGCCGACUCUCAAGAACUACGUUCGUGUUGUGGAGGUUUGGUGGGACGACUAUAAGGACUACUUCUACGCCAGCCGCCCUGAAACGCUGACUCUGGCCUACGGAGACAUCAGUGACCUUAAACGAUUCAGGGAGGAACAUCGAUGCAAAAGUUUCAAGUGGUUCAUGGAGGAGAUAGCAUACGACAUCCCACUGCACUACCCACUUCCUCCUAAAAAUGUAGAGUGGGGGGAGAUCCGGGGCUUCGACACCAGUUACUGCAUCGACAGCAUGGGACACACGAACGGAGGGAACGUAGAGCUGGGCCCGUGCCACAGGAUGGGUGGAAACCAGCUGUUCCGCAUCAAUGAAGCCAACCAGCUGAUGCAGUAUGAUCAGUGCCUGACCAUAGGAGGCGACAAGUCUGCUAUCAUCAUCACACACUGUGAAACCAACCAGCACAUGGAGUGGAAGUACUUCAAGGAUCUGCAUCGAUUCACUCAUCUCCUUACAGGAAAAUGUCUGGACCGCUCCGACCUGCUUCACAAAGUGUUCGUAUCAGACUGUGACACCAGUAAAACCACUCAGAAAUGGGAGAUGAAUAACAUCGUGGCUGUGUGAGGACAUCUGUCCCUGCCAUCUGUUUAAAGGAAAAGUACCUGACACCCAGGUGUUGGUGUACCUCCAACAAAAUGAAGCCCAAAUGGUUUAACUGUUGACAUCGGCCCAAAUGUGAAGGUUGUUCUGACAGAAGAAGAGUUUGAUCCAGAGCUGCUGGAUGAACAGGAAGCUGUCCCUGGUGGUUGUUUACACUGUCUCUGUCCUCUCAGGCUCUCAGGGCUUUUCUAACUUUCUCAUUGCAUCUGUGAAAUGAAUCCCAUCUUAAGAUUAUUAGGUCUGUUUAGUCCUCGGCCAAACGGAUGAGCUGGCUUACCAAAGAGUUUAGACUUCAUCAUCUUCAUCUUCAUCUUCAUCAUCAUCAUCAUCAUCAUCAUCAUCAUGGGUGUGGUUUUUAGUCUGCUGCUGAAAAAAGACCAGGAUGAAGAAGGUCCUCAGGUUAUCUGAGGAACAGAGCGACCAGCAGCACAUGUUGAAGAAUAUUUUGACGCGGUGACUCGCUGCUGCUGUUUGCUUUGAUUUGGUUUUACUGGAGUCGUCACAAACAAGCCCCUCGUCUGGCCUCAGUGUGAUUCUGAUUGCACAGGCUCCGUUUGGCUAAUUGGUGAUUUUAUUUUAUUUACCAAAAUGUUGAAAAGGCAAAAAAACAGGAUUUCCUCCCCUUCGUGUCCCUGAGCCGCGGCAGCGUUUCCUCCCUCUGUGCUGAGCUUUCAGCAUGAACUCCUGAACUUUACUGCUUUGCUCCUCAGUCUUCAUUUACUCUGACAUACACUGGGAUACUCUAAAGGAUGUGUGGGCCGCCGUCUUACCGACAGUCUGGAUGACAAAUAUAGUUUAGUAGCUGACCAGUACUGUGACUCAUUAAUAAUCGGGGUGUGGUUGGAGGAUUAUUAACAUGUAAAAAAUGCACAAUUAUUGUGGUUAAAAAAAGAUGUUUUUGUUUUGUGUGCAGCAGGGGGGCUUUGGUGUUUGGAUGAUCAUGUAUGCAAUGUUUUGUACUGUGUAAAUAAUCAUUUCUAAAGAUGAUCGUGAUGAUUUGUGGGGGCUUGAGUGAAUCGUGUAAAUAGCUAACUUAUAGCAGAGAUUUCAUAAUAUGGGCUGAGGAAAUAAAUGAGCUGAUUUUUACAACUA